AUGGCACCACAGCCACCGGCACCACCUGCCGCGUCCACGUCGUCCAAGCCCCGCCCAGGAGGUCGCCCGCUCGUCGUCCCCGUCCAAGGUCGCGGUUCGAUCCUGUCCUACUUCUCCAGCUCGCCGCAGCUCGGGCGGCCAUCCAGUGCAGCCACAGCACCACCAACCUCCUCGUCGCCCGCCCCAGCACGCGCACGCGCACCCGCCGCCGCCGCCGCCUCGGCCUCGUCCUCGCGCCAGCACCGCGACCCGCUCCGCACCACCCACUCGCUCAGCGCCCUCGAGCCUGGCCCCUCUACCCUCGCCGACUCGUCCCGGCACCGCGCCACGAGGAGCACCUCCACCGCCGCCGCAGCCGCCCCAGCUCCCUCGGCAGCAGCUCCGCCUCGCCGCGCUUCGCCACGCAUGGCCACGACCCCGUCCGGCUCGGUCACCGUCAAGCGCGAGAACACGUCGCCCGUCAAGCGCAGCGCCUCGAGGGUCGCCUCUGCCACCCCGGUCCCGGCCCACGACCCCAAGGGCAAGGGCAAGGCCAAGGCGACGCCCUCGACGACGGCGACCAAGCGCGCGCACAAGACGAUCGUCAUCCCCGACUCGUCGUCCGAGGGCGAGGGCGGCUCGACGUUCGCCAAGGAGGUCCUCGCGCGCUCGUCGCCCCGCAAGCGCGUCCGCUCGACGACGUCGGCCGCCACCCUUUCCUCGCUCGAGCACCAGCACCAGCGCACCAAACGCAAGACGUACCAGUGGACCCGCGGCACCAACGGCCGAGACGAGCUCGACCUCACCGUCGCGUCGUCGCCCUCGGCCGCGUCGACCGUCGGCCACUCGGACUCGGACGCCGACAGCGAGAUCAUCGUCGUCCCGGCGUCGUACUCGCUCAAGGGCAAGCAGCGCGCCGCAGAUGCAUCUCGUCGCACCGACUCGCUCACCCCUCGCGCCUCGGCCUCGACCGCGACCAAGCCGAAAGCGCCCGUCGGCUCGCCGCUCGUCAAGCGCGAGUCGCUCUCGAGCGCCGGCCUCGGCCCGUCGCCCUCGCCCGUCAAGCCCAAGGUCCCGCCCGCACUCGUCCUCAACGGCGGUGGCACGAGCUCCAUGCGCCUGCCCAAGGCGGUGCGCGCGCGCACGGCCGUCGCCGCUGCCGACCGCGAGCGGGAGGGCACCGACGCUCACCGCAUGCCGCCGCCGCCGUCGCCUGCGCGAGCGAGUACGUCGGGCUCGCGCGCCGCGUCGAGAGCGCCGGUGACGCCGUCGAGGAGAGCGACCGUGGGCGCGGUGGCAGCGUCGGUCGGGCGGUCGGGGGCGGCGGCGGCGGCGGUGGCGAGUGGUGGAGCAGGAACGCGAGCCCACGACGCCGCCGCGUCGCCGUCGCACAAGCGGGUGCGCUCGCUGUCGCAGUCAUCGUCGUCGUCGCGCCACGUCGUCGUCGAGGUGCCGAUCUCGCCGGCGCGGAGUGUCCGCGGAGGUGCCGGACCGAGCGCGGCUGCCGGGCUCCGCUCCCCUGUCGCCUCUUCCUCUUCCACCACCACCUCGACUCGCCUUCCCGCACCCGACCCGGCUGCGAGCGCCAUGUUGUCGCCUCGUCACGCCCCAGCCGCCGCGCCGUCGACGCCACGCCCCAUCGCCAAGAUGCCCUCGGCCCGCACCGCGAGCGGCGGCGGCGACUCGCCCUCGACCGCCUCGGCCUCGACCGCCGCACCCGCACCUCCAACCGCAUCCUCGAGCAAGCUCACAGCCUCAGCACUGCGCGCCGUCCCGCCUCGCACGCCCCAGCAUCCGCCGCAGCGCACCGGCCCGCAGCUCAUCCGCACCCCGAGCGGCUCGCCGCUCUCGUCCCUCGCGCCGACGCCGCAAAAGCCUCGCUUCACGCACGCCUCGACGGCGACGGGCUCGGGCACGGGCACGAGCCGCCGCAAGGGCCAGCCGUUCGAGAUCGUCAUCCCGCCGAUCCGGCGCCGGGCUCAGUCGACGCGCGCGCGCAGCCUCGCCGCCCCGUCAGCAGCCUCGGCGUCGGCGUCCGUGUCGGCGUCGGCGAGGCGCAAAGCGCUCAGUCGCACGGCGCCGCCGGGCGAGCGCGGGACCGGCCACGCGCGCGAGUGGACGCGGCGGCAGGAGCGCGACGCGGCGACGAGUGAGUGGGACGCGUUCGUCAACGAGGACGAGGGCUCGAGCGGCAGCGACGGCGAGGAGGGCGAGGGCGCAGGGAGCCCGAGCCCGGCCAAGAAGGCCAGGCGGGACAUGGAGGACGCGGUCGAGGGCAGGUCGAGCUCGAGCUCGUCGUCCUCGUCGGCAUCUGACGCCGGCGACGACUCGGACGCCGACGACUUUGCGGCGCUCCUCGCCGCGGCGCGGGCCAAGCGCGAGGCCAACGUCGUCGCCGGCAUCGUCGACGCGCCCUCGGCCUCGAACGUCACGAGCCCGCACACGGCCAAGACGACCGUCUCGCCGCCGCUCGUCAAGGGCAUGCACGACGACGACGACGAGCGCCGCCACUCGUCGCGCGCGCGCCGUCAGCCCGACCGCUACUCUACCUCGACCGCGGCAUCGGCUGCGACGCCCGCUCGCGCCUCGGCCUCGACGUCGAAGCAGGGCUCGGGCGUGCCCGUGCCCGCCUCGCUCAACCUCAUCCGCACGACCGGCCUCGACGAGAAGGUGCGCCGGAUCGUCGCCGAGCGCGAGGCCAAGGACAAGAAGGGCCGCGGCGCAGAGUGGCUCGAGGCGUGGGGGAGGGAGCUCGACAAGGGCGACGAUGACGCCGGGCUGGACGAUGAUGACCUCGACAACCGAUCCGACGACUCGCUCCCUCCUCUCGACACCUCGCUCGUCUCGCGCGCCCUCAAGCACGGCGACGACACGGACGACGACGACCUGCCGGCGCCGUCACGCGCAGCGGCGUCCAAGCGGGCCCAGGCCGUCGAGCGCGUCCUGCUCGAGGAGCGCGGCGCCGAGCGCCUGAGGGCCGGCAGGGGCGAGACGGUCGAGGAGAUGGAGCGCAGGAGGGUGUUGCCCACGAGGGAGACGAGGAUGCCGCAGCUCGAGACGGGCGAGUGGCAGGGCGAGGGCUGGAGGGGCAAGGUCGCGCAGGCGCUCAAGGACGCCGUCAAGGACCCGCGCUCGUUCCCCUCGGCGUUCACCCUGUACUCGAAUAUCCGCCCGAACGGCUCCGCCGAGGACGACCGCGUCGUCGCUCAGUGGCUCACGACUGCCAUCACGCACCCGUCGACUUCGACCUUGCUCGCCGACCGCCUCCUCUCCUUGCUCCGCCGCAUCGUCUCGCACACCUCGCCUGACGGUACCUCCCUCCUCGUCGGCGCCGGGUACCUCGGCGAGCGCUUGACGCUCCUCGGUGCGUGGAAGGAGGAAGGCGCGGCUGAGGACGGUCUGCAGGCGAUGGACGAGGACGAGGCGGCGAGCGGCAAGGUCGGCGACGGCGAGGACUCGACUCUCGCUGUCGGCGAGAGCGAGCGCCGCGAGAUCAUCGACCGGUGGAGCUCGAUCUUGCAGAUUCUGAGCGGGACCUCGUCGUGUCUCUUCAGCGAUGGCGACCUCAAGACGCUGAGCCUUGCCGUCAUCGGGCUCAUGCUCGACCAGUCGUCGGCGUCGUCGCGCUCGACGCUCGGUCGUGCGCUGCAGAGCCUGCUCGCAUCUUUGUCCGACGACUCCCGUGUCGCCCUCCUCGUCAGCCUCGUGAACAUCUACGGCGACAGCCGACCCGCCCUGCAUCUCGCCGUCUUGCAGGCCAUCCCGCACACCGGCGAGGCAAACAAGGGCCUGCGUCGCUGGCUCGCGUGGGCUUUCCUCUCGGGCGUCGACGGCGCCGACAUCGUCACGCCCGUCGGCGGCCUUAGCCCGUCCACCCUCGCCAACGUCCUCAGCCUCCUCGACGCUCUCCCCGACAAGUCCCCCCUGCACCGUCGCUCUCUCACCGCCGAGAGCGGCGCGUCGACCGCCCGCGACCUCGCUCUCGCCGACUGCACCCGCAUCCUCUUUGUCGCCCUCACCUCGCUCGACGUCCCGCUCGUCACCUCGCCGUCGCGCCUGCUCGAGCGCCAGAACCUCGACGCCAUCAUCUCGCACCUGAGCGCUAUCGACAGCCGCCUGCGCGCCGACGCCCGCAAAGGGCUCGCCGUCGAGCGUCUCGUCGCCAAGAACCUCCUCACGGCGCUCACGCACUCGCUCACGCACCAGUUGCGCGGCGCGAGGGGCCAGACGGGCGCAGGCGCGUUCGGGUUCAGCGAGGAGGAGGAGAGCGCGCUCAAGAGGGAGAGGGAGGCGGACGGUACGGGGCGCGAGGCCAAGAGGGCGAGGACGGAAGGAGGAGGGGCGGCAGUCGACGGCGCCGGCUUCAAGCAGUCGACGCUCGCGUUCGGCACGAGCGGUGCGGUGCUCAGAGCCGCGGCGGGUCUGGGCGAGGUCGACGGUGCGGCCGCAAGGUCGCCGACCAAGUCGGACGACGAGGUCGAGGAGGAGCUCGUCAAGCUGUGAGCGCGUGUGUGUGUCCCUCUGUGUACCCCUUCGUCUUUCACCUUUUGUCGUACCUGUCCUGUCCGCCUCUUCUCGCUUUGCAACGUGUGCAGCUCGCCACGUCAUCUACGAGGCGGCCUUCCC